AAGUAAGAAUACUAUUAUAAAUAACAUUCUACAAAUGGCACUUGUUCGAUAUACUCAACGACUGAAUUAUAUAUUUUUACCAAUGUUUUCAAAUUCAGUCCUUUAUCAUCGUUCUAUGAAGCCCAUAGAUUCGAGUUCAACAGUGCCAGUUAUAAAACAAGAGACAAUACAAAAAAUAGAACAAUUAUCUUUACUUAAUGUUGAUGACGAUUAUGGUUUGUCCGUCCUAAAAGCUGCAAUUAUUUUUACAGAAAAUUUACGCAAUACAAAGGUUAAUAAAGAAAUCGAACCUAUGUAUAGUCCAUUUGAGACAGAAUCUAUGCUUUUGCGAAAUGAUAAUGUAGAGCAUAACAUAUCUAGAAAAGAAAUCUUAAUGAAUGCUACUAUUACAGAGGAAGAAUAUUUUGUAGCUCCAUUGCAGACUAUUGUACAAGCAUCAUGAAUAUAGGAAAUAUACUAAAGGAAUUAAGUUCACAUUUUAUUAGUCUUACAAAAUGCGGGCUUAAAUAUGGCCCUCAAGGUAAAAUGCUACUAAGAAAUCUCGAAGAACAAUGGUUUUUAAAUUGCAUUACAAUGUCACGCUAUAAUAUAUUCUUAUCAGAUGAAUUUAAUCAGACUCUAAA